AUGGACCAACUGGAAAUGGGAGAAGUGAACCUCUCUGGAGGGGGCACCUCAACAGCAAUGCAAGACUCACAGGCAAGUGAAGAGCUCACAGAAAAUAUAUCUGCGCUGAGGACAAGGGUGACUGAGAUGGAGGGCAUCCUGGCUCAGAAGCUAAAGGAGCUGAAAGAAAUAUGUCUGAAAGAAGCUGCGCUGACUGGAAGGCUGCCUAAGGAGUAUCCCUUACUGCCCGGCGAAUCUGCACCUCGGGUCCGACAGCGUGUCGGUGCUGCUUACAAGCUGGAUGACAUUUUUUCACACGAGGACCCUUACCUGAGGAACUUGGAGUGCAGGCUUGCUUUGCAGCACAAGAUUGUGGAAGCAGCUGAAAAUUUGGCUGCUGAAGCCAAAGGGUGCAAAACACUGAAGAAGCUGAGGAAAAAAAGCUGUGUGGAUGCCAUGGAAAAACUUAGGAAAAUAGAGGAAGAAAUCAACCAGUACAGAAUAGCAAUAGAAGAGGCGCCAAGACAAACACCCUCGCCGGUCAAAGACGAUAUCUGUGUUAAAGAGCAGAGACCAGAAGGUAUGCUUGAAGGACACAGCAAGAACCAUUUGGAACAAGCAUCCUUCCGCAAAUACAUGCUAAACUCUUACAGCAACCAUCACCACAAUAAGCACUUUAACAGACCAAGCUACAGUGACACUUCAGAAGCUCUAGAGAAUAGACCCAGAGGGGCCUUAGAUCUCACUAGAAGCCCUUUCAAAACUCCAGCUGGAAAAUCUCAGCACAUGUGUGGCAUAUCCGGUGCGAACCUAACCGGCCUCAGCUCGAUUUACCAAACCUGCUGUAGAGCCCAGUUAAGACUGGAGGGGAACGAUCAGUUCGCGUGGUGCAACAGAAGACAGAAGUCAAAUUGUGACUUCCUGAAUCAGAAUGAUUUGAAGGAUAGGCUGAUAUUUUCCUCUGAAGGUCUUGUUGGCCUCAGCAAUGAUGCUCCAGACAACAGUUUGUCACCAAUCAGUCAAUCCAAUCUGGAUCUAAGUAAUAUGAACUGCAAAGGGAAUUUGCUUACCCAAAGGCCAUGGUGUCCCAGGAAGGGACAAAUCUAUACCAGCAGCGGAAGUACACCUAACCUGGGAUAUAGUCUAGCUUGUAUCCACAGCCACCAGGCCUUGCCUCAAAAUCCACCCAUUGUGCAUUGCAUCAUUGGGUGCUCUUCUUGUUUCAACCCUCAGUUUCAGCCUCAUGAAAUACCUGAGUCUGAUGGCAAUCCUCAGGACAUUUUUAACCCAUCAUACCAGACUGUAGCAUAUAGCAAACAUCUGCCACACGGACACAGUGAACAUGAAGGCAUGAACAGGUUGCUGCAAAACUACAAUACUGUGAGAUCUUCCUGCCCCAGAAGGUUCUCAGGGCCCAAGAUCGAAAAUGUGUCUAGAAGCAUCCAGCGGACCCUGGUUUUAGAGCACCUUCAAGGCUGGUACCACCAAAGUUUGGAACGCCUGAAUCAAACCCAUGGUUUCCAAACUGCCUCCAACUACAGUAAGGAAUAUAAGCACAUCCUGGGCUACCAGACCCUACCAGCACAACGCAGGCACUCAAAAAAGGUGACUUCAAAUUGUCCAGUGCCCUCGGCAACCAGUGUGGAAAGAUGCCAGGAUCAUGUCAUCACAGGUCAGAUGGAACAGAUUACACCGCUGUCUGUGCACCAACCUUGUCCAGGAUCAUACUUCGCUAUCUCCAGUUCAAGCCCUGCCAGCAGUAAAUGACAGGUCUUGUCUUGGUCCACAUGGCUGUUUGUCAUUUCCUCAUGCUGUUUGACAGAUAUUGACAGUUUGACAAAAGGACACAGUCCAACACCAACGCUGUGUCUCCUCCUGUCUGUGUCUUCUUUCUCAAUGACUGUUAUUGGUUUCACAGCACAUGUAAACUUUGACCACCUGGACAUGCUAAUCAUCAAAACCACAUCAAUAACUGUUAAGGUGGUAUUUUAGGUCUGGUGGAUCUAUGACGGCAGUGACACAAAGACAAGUAGUCUGGACCUGUAGUCUGGUGCACCACUUCCUAGAGUGACAGUCUGACCACAGUCAAGCCACACACUACAUCUGGUGUCUGUGUGUGCUCUGGGCCAUAGUCUCAGAUCCCUCAGGAAGCCAAGAAUGCCAAGGAAACAAUGGGAGCAAUGAUACUGAGCCCGCCGCACCAGGCUUAGACUUGUGAAAUCUGCGCAUGACUGCAUUAUGUCUCGCACAGGACCAUCACUAAGA